AUGAUUAACAAGAUUCGUACUACGGCCUGCCGUAAAGGUGAACUUGUGCGACAAUGUCUGCUUGACGAACUAUAUAAGAUACUAAGUAACAAAGACAACGGAAACGAGAAGGAGCCCGGAAAGGAAACCGUGAUAACACCCGAAACAUUAAAGGUGGUUGAAGGAAAUUGCCGCAAAAUAACAGACGAGACUUGUGUCAGACUCUGUAUAUUGGAGAAAUUAGGAGUUAUAGAUGAGCGCGGAUGGUACGCGGAGAGUAAAGGGACAGAAUUCAUAAAGAGUAUAUUUCCUACCGAUAUAAUAAUAGACAACCAAGAAUCGAUUAUUCGGCAAAUAGCUCAGACAUGCGACAGGGUAAACCAACAUGUCAGUCAUGAUUGUAAUCGAGGUGAAGAAGUGGCCAAGUGCUUAUAUGAAGAAAUGGAUAAGGUACUACAGAAAAACGACGACGGGAACGAGAUGGAGCCCGAAAAGGAAAUUGAGACUCAAGUGAUGACCAAUAGCAAGGAACGUAGUAGUGUCGAGGUGGACGGGCAGAUCAUACACUAUGUUGACGAGUACAUCUACUUGGGCCAGCUAGUCUCUUUCAGUAACAGGCAAGACAAGGAAGUUGAGCGCCGUGUUCAAAAUGCCUGGAAGAGCUACUGGUCCAUGAAGGAGCUGAUGAAGGGCGACCUUCCUAUGUCACUGAAGCGCAAACUCGUUGACAUAUGUAUUCUGCCUGUUCUAACCUACGGCGCUCAAACUUGGUCACUCACAGAGAUUCAGAAGUCCAAACUGAAGAUAACACCCGAAACAUUAAAGGUGGUUGAAGGAAAUUGCCGCAAAAUAACAAACGAGACUUGUGUCAGACUCUGUAUAUUGGAGAAAUUAGGAGUUAUAGAUGAGCGCGGAUGGUACGCGGAGAGUAAAGGGACAGAAUUCAUAAAGAGUAUAUUUCCUACCGAUAUAAUAAUAGACAACCAAGAAUCGAUUAUUCGGCAAAUAGCUCAGACAUGCGACAGGGUAAACCAACAUGUCAGUCAUGAUUGUAAUCGAGGUGAAGAAGUGGCCAAGUGCUUAUAUGAAGAAAUGGAUAAGGUACUACAGAAAAACGACGACGGGAACGAGAUGGAGCCCGAAAAGGAAAUUGAGGUAAUGGUUUGGAAAUAA